AUGGAAGAGAUGAGCCAAAUCAACCUCGAACAUUCUCAACAAGUCGAGGAGGACUUCCCAACACCCAUCAUGGAUCGUUACUACUUCCAAGGUGGCAACAACGCCCUCGCCACCAUGGUAAAUCUCACUCAAUGCGAAUUCAAAAUGGUCUGGGCGAUUGUCGAGUCCGUCCUGGUUUCAGCGUGGACGCUCGGUCGGGGACGAAAAUCUCCUGUGUCCGCCAAGGAUGCCCUCUUCAUGACACUUGCCGUGUUGAAGCACUACAACGCUUGGGACAAACACGCUUUGGAUUUUGGUACGAAGGCUCCUACCUUUGAGAAAAUGGCCCAACGUGUCUUGGACCUUGUGGAGCCUGUCUUGUUCUAG